CAUCUUGCCGACCAGCACAACCCGGCCAUCCUCUUCCUGUAUGGUUGCAUCUGCGCAACAUUCUCGCUUGCCGAUCUAGUCUCCCGUGCCGAAUUCUUCAACGUCCAAAACACAUCAAGUCGCCUUCUACCUUGCUGUGUUUUGAACCAUCAUGUAUGUCCGCAUCCAAUGGACCUGCCCCCGCUUCCUCUGCUUGUCUUGCGCAAGACACCCUCAUCCACGAGUCUUGCCUCCAAAGACGAACCCACUGACUCGUCUCGCUUCUCUAGGAAAUUCGGCAAGCACAUACAAAAGCGGCAACUGGAUAUUCCAGAAUAUGCCGCCAGCUUCGUCGACUACAAGGCUCUCAAAAAGCUCAUCAAAAGGCUGAGUAGCACACCCAUCAUACCCGCUCAGGCCGAACAUGGCCAUGACCUCGAGGUGCUGGACCCGCAGACGUCACUGCAGGCGAACAAGGCCACUUUUUUCUUCCGCGUAGAACGAGAGCUGGAGAAAGUCAACACCUUUUACUUACAGAAAGAGGCCGAGUUGCGAUUAAGGUUAAGUACCCUUCUCGACAAGAAGAAGGUCAUGCAGCAACAUCCGCAGUCGGUUUCCAAAGCUUCGUCGCGAUAUAUUGCCCUGGAGGAGGGUCUAAAACAGUUUAGCAUAGAUCUCAACAAGCUGGAGCAAUUCGUCGAGGUUAAUGCAACCGCAUUCUCCAAGAUUCUCAAAAAGUGGGACAAGACGUCAAAGUCACGAGAAAAGCAGCUCUAUCUUUCGCGAGCCGUCGAGGUUCAGCCUUGUUUCAAUCGCGAUGUAAUCAGCACCUUGUCGGAUCAGGCAACCCAGGCACUCUUUGAUUUCUCUGGAUGGGCUGAAGGUGAAGGAAUGCAAGUUCCACAGGAACUCGCGCAGUCGAGACCAGCAGAGCCAUCCAUUGAAGCAAAUCUCGUCCUCGAUAACCAGAUUGUGCAAGCUAUCAACACUGCCAACACAGUUCAGAUUGAGGAGUGCUUAGCUAGGUUGUCUGGGCUUCCGGAUGCCCAUGAACGCAUUACAAGGGCGUUUCUGAGCACUGUGGAAUUGGCUCCCAACUCGGCUCUAACCCUCGUGUUAAACACGAAUCAGGUCAAUCUUCACCAAGAGGACGAGAUCAACGAGCGCAAUUGCCUACACAAAGCCGCUAUUCGCGGGAGACUAGAGGUGCUACAGGUGGGCCUGGCUGGCAAGGUCGAUGUGCACGCUGCAGAUGUCUACGGGCGGAUACCGUUACAUUAUGCUGCCAUGCAUGGGCGCCUGGAGCUACUUGAAGAGUUGGUUCGAGUUGCCCCCGACACUAUCAACUUCCGAGACCAAGACAGUUUUACACCACUCAUUCAUGCCAUUGUGCAUUCCCAGCUUCCCUGCGUCCAGGUUCUGCUCUCAAAAGGAGCGCAUAUAACCCGUAUGGGGCCUGCAGAACAUAUACCCCUCAAUCUUGCUUGUCAGUAUGCAUCGUUGGAGAUUGUGGAACUUCUGCUCCAGGUCAACACGGAAAUGCUACCUGAUGCCGAAGGCUUAUACCCUCAGCACCUGGUGGCACGAUCCGGGAAGUCGCCGCAAAUGCUCCUUCUGCUUCAGAGAUACGGUGCAGACCUCAACCAUCCCGAUAAGCUCUAUCUUUGGACCCCGUUAUUCCACGCUGCCAGUGAGGGUCACGUGGAAUGUCUCAAGACGUUGCUUCAAUGCCAGGUCGAUGUCGAUGUGGUCGACGAAAAGGCUCUAUCUGCGUUAUACUACGCGACAUGGGAGGGCCACUUGGAAUGUAUGAGGCUACUAGCAUCGGUCGGACGUGGGGUUGGCUUAUCUAUACAACGGCAACUUUCUCCCCAGAUCACCACACAAACAGCAUCUGGAACAGCACCUGGGCCGAUGGACACAGGAGGGGAUGCAGAAGGUAUUCCGGAGUUCAUUCUACCCCCACCCAUCAUCCCCUUCCGAAGAUAUGGUCACAACUUCUUGGAUACGAAAACGUUCGUCGUCAUUAGCUUUGAGAGGUUUGGCAAGGAAGCUAUUCAAUUCUACGACAGUCAAAAGUACCCCGCGGCCAGGCUUACAAUCUCUUCGAAAAGUUCUGAUCUUAUUCCGAGAAACAUGCUGCUCCCUAUCCAAGAUGAAUUCAAAGUCAUCUCAUUCCAGAUUGAGAAUAUCGAUAAUUUCUCAAUUGACUUCGAUGUAUACCCAACGAUUGGUUCAAAGGUUAUUGCACGCGGUGUUGCAUCUUCACGAGUUUUCACAACCCCGGGUAGGAGUUCAGGGCAAUGGCAUUUGGAGCUUUUCGACCCAAGGCUGCGCGCUAUCGGCCGGGUAACGUUCGAUUUCCAGGUUGUCAAACCGUUCCACGGCAUUCCACUAGAGAUUACCCAUUUCGCCACCUACUGGAAAGCAACCAGCCAGUUGGAUUCUCAGCCUCACACUCUGAUCACAGGAUCAAGUCUAUCCGGCGAAUACGUUCGAUUGUUUGUCCAGCUAACGGCUGACGGGGUGCCCGUUUUAUACCCGCAAUGGAAAAUCAGCCAUGAGGGUUUGGACGUUCCGGUCAACAUUCUAACGUACGCCCAAUUUACAGCAAUUGGAAAUGGGCUCAACGCUGGAGCUGCAACUCAGCUCAGUGCUCUUUCAAAUGCCAGCCUAGACGAUAUAGCAACGAUAUUUCAGACGCUGGCAUCAUCGUUUACAACCCUCAAAGAGGCGCUUGCUCUUCUCCCGGCGUUUAUCCAUGUCGAGCUGCAUGUUCUCUUCCCAUCACUUGCAGACGCAGACCGCCUAAAGCUCGGCUCAACUCAAGACAUGAAUGACACGGCUGAUAAGAUUCUUGAAGUGGUGUUCGAGCACGCACGAGCGCUGCGCGAACAAGGUGCUGGAGAAAUCGAUGGAACCUUACGGAGCGUGGUUUUCAGUUCCUUCAAUCAGGAUAUUUGCACAGUGAUCAACUGGAAACAACCAAACUAUCCUAUUCUCCUUUGCAACGAGCUUGGCGCCGAUGAUUAUGCUUCGCCAUCACCAUCGGGCGUGAUUGCUAAUAGCGGUCGCACGACGCUAUCGGUUAAGGAAGCUGUACAGAUUGCCCGGGAUAAUAACUUUAUGGGGCUUAUCUGUAGCUCCCGCCUCCUGAAUCUUGCACCCGCGCUCAUCGAGUCUAUCAAAACGGCAGGUCUCGUUCUCAUCACUGACGUCACCGAUAGUUCUCCAUCGGUCCAGAACGGUGUUCAACAGCCAAGUAGCCUCGGGGUUGCUCGACCGAGGGGCGAAUCGAUACCUAACGGUGUGGACGGAAUCUUGAAGGGCAAUGGCAUCCUAAGAUUCAGUGAUAGUAUUGACAUGUAA